AAAUACGUCAACAUGGAGAAGCGCUUCCUGCGCAGCUACAUGGACCUGCUGGUCCAGACGUGCCACCGUCGAGGGGCACUGGCCACAGGAGGCAUGGCUGCUCUCCUGCUGCCCCCCAGCCUCAACCCAGACUCCUACAGGAGAGUGCUGGCUUCUGUCAAAAGGCUGAAGAUGUUGGAGAUCAAGGCAGGUGUGGAUGGUUUCAUGGUGUAUGACCUGAACCUGAUUAAACCAAUGCAGGAGGGAGGAGUCACCCUUUAUGGUUUGAAGUACAACAUAGCAGUGGGUGUCCUCUUCAUUAAUGCCUGGCUAUCAGGUAAGGGCCACUUUUUCUACAGAGGCCAGGUAGAAGAUUCAGCCACUGCAGAGAUUUCCAGAUCCCAGGUGUGGCAGUGGAUCCGUCAUCAGACUGGGCUGGAGGACGACAGCAGGGUGGUGAGCAGGCAGCUGGUGACAGAGCUGACCCAGGAGAUAAUGGCUGAGCUUCGUCCUUUCUGUCACUCUGUUGGGUCCAAACGGAGGUUGUACACGGCAGCGGACAUGUUCCUGGAGGUUGUCCUAAAGAGACACUUCCCAGAGUUCAUUACCUCCUACUUAAACCAGGACCACACAUUCCUCAGCUCCCAGAACUCAGCAGAGGACACGAGCCUGGACCCAGGCAAACUGUCCAAACUGUGAGCCUGGAGGACAGCGUCUCCUGAUGGAUGAUCAGACAAAGAAAUUCACUCUACAGUGUAAACACAGAUUGUUAUGAACAUUGUUUGGUAACAAAUAAA